AUGGAUUCAGUAGAUUUUAAUACACAUGUAAAGUUUAAAAACUUCCCUCCACUUUACACUGAACAAAUCAACAACUUGACUCUCUCCAAACAGCUUGAAAUUUGGCACAAGAUAAUAAACGACGAAGUUAUCACAAACUACAGCCUUCAUAAAAUAGGAACUGAGACCAUCAACUUCCCUCCCUUUAAAAAUGAAGAGAUUGUGAGGAACGUCAACGUUUCAUUUCUGGCUUUGAUUCUGGAAUAUCUUGCUGAAAAGCAGUAUGCCUUUUAUUUGCACCCUAUUCAGCUAUUUUGCAAGAAGCACAAUGUUACUAUUUGGGGAGCUUUGUUUUUGAAGAAGAAUCACAAAGGAACCACCCUGUUUCAAAUCCAUGAUGAAUACACAAAGUCACUUAAUCCCAAAGAUAACAAAGCUGAGACUGACGAAAUAGAUUCUCUCAAGAAAAAACGAAAUCUUCUGGUGAAAUCAACCUUCCGUUUCGGAGUGUUUCCGUACCCUUUAUCGGAAAUGACAAAUUCAGUUCUUGAAUGUAUAAAAUCUCAAUGCACAAAUAGAGACAUUGAGACCAUUUACCACAUCUUUUACAGCAAGAAGGAGUGUAACAAGGAUUUCAACAAGUUUCCGGAGGAAAACCUUGCUUUCAUCCUCUCAAAAUUAUCUGUCAAUAAUCAAAUUACCCUUUCAUUCAACGACUCAGUCCCUCUCGAUUCACUAAAUAAUAAAAAUGUUGGAGUUCAACUCUUGUAA